GGCGAGAUUGAACCACACCAGCUAAGGGAAAUCGAGCCAGAGCUUUUCAUAAAGUUCUUGCGAAUUCCUUCCCUGAAAACCUACUUAAGUUUGACUAAAAGGCUGAAAAGUUGUCCAGCAAAAACCGACUGGCUUAAAAACGAAGAUCCGCCCGAAAGGUGCGAUAAGCUCCAAGAGCUCUUAGAGUCAGUCUCUUCAUAACGUUUCAAAAGACUACGUAAAGAAGUUGAACUUACACAAGCUACGUAAUACCGCGUAAUGAAUAAUGCAGCUGGAUUGGAGUUUAUUAUAAACAACCCUUACUUAACAACUCAGCUCGUUUCAGGUAAGUGAAUGAUCAUGACCUGUAGAUCUAAUAUUUACUUAUAAAUGAUUAUUAACAUUUUUAAUUUCAAAGCAUCCAAUUAAAAUUCUCUCUUGUUAAAACUGAGACCUUAAAUGCUAAUUUUCACUACUAUGUGUAAAUAGCACUUUAUCAGGCAUAGUAGAUUUCUAAUUAUGAUAGCUUUCGAUCAGUUAAAGGGGGUGUAACCAAAGUUUACUUAGUUGUCCAAAAACCAGAGGGAAGUGCUGAUAACGAUGCCUGAGUUUAUUACCGAAUUAAAAGCUGGAUCAAAGACUCAUGUAAAAUAUGAAACAAGUUAUGUUUCUUUAACCACUUUUAUCAGCAUUUCUAAUAGGUAAUCAGUUACAUUUUAAUCGAUCCUGUUGUAACGUAACAUGCGCACGCGUUCCUUUUAAAAUUGACACAGCACUGUGAUGGAAUUGUUUCCUCUCAUGAGAACUGACCACGACUCUUACAUGCAAAGUUUAUUGCCAAAGUAUCACUUAACAGGAAAAAUGCCUUCAAAAUAGACCAUCUGGUCUGAUCAUCUUAUCAUCUGAUCUUUGGCAAACAAGUGCCGAAAAAAGCGUCUCUCCCCGCAGGCUAAGGAAAGUUAUGCUCAGGUUCUAGUUUGUAAACAGAAUCGCGUGCACGGCCUGUCGAGGACCUGCUGUCACAAAUCAAAAAGGAGAUUAAUAUCGAUCAGAUCAGAUAUUACGGACUGGUGAACCAUGUACCGUAAAUAGAGCCUUGCUGCUGACACGUCCUAACCGGUUCUUAACGUAGUGAGGAUCUGAAAUCCGUAGGAUUUCUAACAGUUUUCUGCAAGAGGAGUUGAAAACUAGACACUGAAAAGUCUGCGAAGUGAAUUACGUGAACGCUUGCGCUGUUCGAGCGGAAAUAACAAUUUGUUGUUUUUCCUUCUAAAAUUGGCACAUAAGAGCUCUUGAAUCAAGAUAGCAGUCGAUCAUUUACAUUUACAUAUUUUUCAGACUGGGUAGCUUUUUCAGUUCUAUAUCGCUAGGCCUUUCGGGAGUGUUCGGCGGUGUGUUUCGGGUGUGUUCCGGUAUUCCUGGUUUUAGAACAUCCGCCGGUGAUGGCGGAUUAUUACUGUCGAGAGAAUAAUCUCAUACUUAUGUUAAUGAUAGAAACCCAUUUUUAGACUGCAAUGAUAAGCACAGAAACGAUGUUUCGCCGUUUUUGUCGAAACACAUUCACAAUCUUCUUUGUUCAUGAUCAACAGAUUAGUAAAUGAAACGAACAAGAAUCUAGCUCCGGUAAUCAACCCCGGGUAAUCAACCAGGCACGUUCAGUGCGCGCUUCUCUGGGCAGUAAUAGCAAUAUUUUUUUUUCAAGAAAACUGUCUGUUAAAGGAGCUUACUACCGAUCGAUCACGAGUAGGAUCUUUACGCCACUGAGAGAGCUAUCGAAAGGCCUCUGAACUCGUAAGCGAGAACGUACCUGACUAACCUACAUGCACGGUGCUCGUGCACGUACAACACUCAUAAGAUCUCAUAAAGUUAAACUGAAUCGACAACUCAUGAAACUGAAUUCUUCCCAGACGACUUUUAGUUACUACGACUUCAAGUCAUUUGAUUUGGACGGUCUUGUCGUUACAAGCAAACUCUAAAUAUAGUGCCGGGGCUAAGUUAAAAAAGUCUUAUGACUGAGGACCACACACUAGUCUCAGUUUCACGUGAAAGGCCAUGUAUGCCGGAUGUACCGAGAAAUGUAUAUAAGCGGUCCUAGUGGAUGUCUAAACUCACAGUGAAUGACUCGGUUUCAGUGCAGGGAGUUAAACUUAAUUCUUUGCUUUCCUUGUAUCGUUUGUGCCGAAUCGACUUAGCGUUUUGUACUAUUUGCGUUUUUCAUUUUUUUUUCGAUUCAACCAAUCAGAACACAGAAGUAAUUAUUUGCUUCAGUAAAACUCUUUGUCCACUUGAAGUCAACACUAGAAGAACUGAUCGAUGCCUCACUGGCAAACUGCUUUUAAGUAUAAAUAGUUCGUGUCGACAUUCAGAUGACUUGAUGGCUGAAAUCGCUCUAUGAAUAAACAUUUUUAUCAACAACACUCAGUGGAUAAAGCGAAAAAUGUCAGAGCUACACGGAAACCGGCAGCGGAAACAAAACUUGACUGAGCACGCUUUAGAAUAUUCCAGCUGAAUUUCAGAUCCUGGUAGGCCAGAUUAAGAACACUUGCCCACAAUUUUGCUACACGGAAAACAUCAAAAAUGGCGACGUGGCGAAGAGUAUCGCUGAAAGUUGGUCUAGAAAUCAAUGACCAAAAAGAUGGCAACUUGGCUGACCUUCAAAAUUUAAAGGAUAUCGAGCCUGAACUAUUUAUCAAGUUUGUUCGAAUUCCGUCGCUUAAAAACUACUCGAGUUUAAUUGCAAAACUUGCAAACUGCUCGAACGAAUGGCUGACGGAGUUUUUGACGCUUGGUGGGUUAGCUUCGUUGUUCGAUGUCCUAGCGCAACUUGGCGAGCGUGGUUUAGCAAAGUUCUCCGAUGCUUUUCUGCAACUUGAAUGUGUCCGAUGUAUUAAGGCUGUCAUGAAUAAUGUUACAGGAUUGGAAUUUAUGGUUAACGAUUCUUCACUAACUAGACAGCUUGCCACGGGUAAGUAAAGUUGUUUUCUUUCUUUCUGUUAAUAUUUGGUGUUGUUCUUGAAGAAUGAAGUCAAUUAACGGAGAUGAGAUUAGAGGGCGCAAACGGAAUGAAACAAUAUUAGUGGAAUGAUUUGUUUUCUUUGUUUUUUGUUUCGAAAGGCAGAUAAUCGAAUUUUCUUCAAAGCGAAACCUUCGUAGAUUCCCCUUAGUUUGAAAUUUAUAAACAAUUAAGUAUCCUUGAAUUUUAAGUCAAUCGAUUUGAAUAAAUACAAACUUGUCAGCCACCACUUGAGAAGCGGGUGGCCUUCUUUAAAAGAGUGACCUGUCACUCAAAUCAGUGAAACAGUGACUUGAAAGGCGGAAAAAUAAUAUAUCCAACAUGAAUUUGUCGAAGAGAGAAUAACGUUCGAAAUUAAUUGUUGCGCGCGCGCAAGUACACUUCUUCGAGAAACAAUGUGUGACAUUUUCGACAUAAAUGGAUUCUUAAUAAAGUGGUGCUUUCAAAAUAGUUAUUAAGAGAUUGAGUCCCUUUCAACUAUUCACUGAAAUAUCUGUAGAUUUAACCCGCCAAUUUUUUUUUUCUUUUGUUACCGCAGUUAACCAUUUGAUAGUUUUUGCGAUAGUCAAACAUUUUUGAUAAAUUAGUCCAAUUAAUAUCAAGCCGAGAGGCAAAAAACGCAGUCGUGUAAACAAAAGAUUAUUAACAUGCGGGUGUGGUUAGUGAACUGUAUCAUAAACAUGCAAAUACUCUUCAGCAGACCACAAGAAAAGCACAAUACAACCUGAUCAAACGUAACACUUAGGAAGUCGUAACAUUGUUCCCGUGGUUCGCGAGAAACUUGCAUCCCUUUCAACCGCAGCAUCUCCGUCCAUGACGUGGAUCUCAAGUGGCCAUGCCAUGCCAGUGUCUUUGAGAAUUUUACGCCCGCAUUAGGCAUUGACAAGCAGCCAGAAACUAAAGAAGUUCUCAUUAAAAUAUUUGUGAUAACUGUAUACUUGCGUUUCAAACUUGUGUACAUGACAAAUCAUUUGAUUGAAAUUUUAAGGUUUUCGGCACCAAUGCUAAAUUUAUAAAUCUCUGAAAAAACCUUAUUACCGCGCACAAUUUUCGUGUCGUGAUCCUAGCUUAUUUUACCCGCUAGCCACCGCAAAAGUAGCUAAAAGUACUUUAGAGAGGGAGGAAACGAAAGGAUUCUGUUAAGUUUAUGAUUAAGAGUGGAUUCAUGUGCAGCAUCCGCGUAUAGCUGUCGCAUUUGCCCGCUGUAAUUUUUUAUUGUUUUUAAGCUUAAUAAUAAUAAAAAAUUCCAGCGAGAAAAUGAGACACCUAUAAAAAGAUAAAAUAGCAAAAAGUAGAUUGAAUUGUUUUUACUCAAGUUCUUCUCAUUCGCGCUAUUUCCUACACAAACCACGCUUUGAUAGAAUGUUGAAUUAAGGUAAAAAAAAAAAAAACACUGCAAAAACCGUGUACGAUCAAUCUUGCUCAAAGUCGGAUCAAAAAAGAUCGUGAUCAGUCAAAAUAGAUCAAAUUGAAAACGUUACAAUCAAGAAGACUUUUGCAGGGACUGAUCAAACAACGUGAAAUAGAGUUUGGUUGCGACUUUUCGACUGCCCAAUACCAGUCUUCAUCAGGUUUAUUUGAGAUAUCACGAAUUUACAGAAAUAUAUAUGAGGUAAAAUAAUGACCGGAAAUUACAUAAUACAUGUAUGACGGGUAUGGUGUGGCUACAAAGCACGUGGAGCCCACCUUAUCCACAAAGCUAAGAAAAUUGAACCUCUGGGCAUCAAUAAACGUGAUGAACUGUAACUAUAUAUAGUAUAUCUUUUAUUUUUUUGUUAUAUUGUCUUUUUAAAGUAGCCACACCAUCCACGUCAUAUUAUGUAAUUUCCGGUCAUUAUUUUUGUAAAUUCGUGAUACCUGAUGAAGACUGGUAUUGGCCAGUCGAAAAAUCGCAACCAAACUCUAUUUCACGUUGUUUGAUCAGUCCCUGCAAAAGUCUUCUUGACUGUAACGUUUUCAAUUUGAUCUAUUUUGACUGAUCACGAUCACGAAAGUCAUUGCCUUUUUUUGGUUGGUAGGCCUGUUUAAAGUACCGCCUGUCCUUGACCAGUUAAACAAGACUGCUCCAAGCCUGCGUUAGUGUUGAACAUCCAUAUAUGAAAAAAAUCCUUCGAGUUGUUUUUUUGGCCAAAAGAAAAUUUUCUUUCAUUGCGAAGCCUGGGUUGUCUAGUCAAUCAUGGCCGAAAGGCCAGACUAAUACAUCAAACUUUGAAUACCCCUAGGUGAAAACAAGCUUGUGCAAACGAAUCACAAACAAAACACCUGUUUCACACCGAAUUCACACAGUGUGUGUGCGUUUGCUGCUCUCUAGUGUAUCAUUAAAUUUAAAGACGAACUUAGGCAUUGAAACGAAUGGCAAUGGAUGGACAUGGAAUGAAACUUUAAAAAGUUGGGCCAACCUAGCUUUUCAAGUUUUGAUGCGAUGCCUGCAAAACCCUCCAAAAAGAAUUAUCAUGUUUACUGCUCCCCUGUAACAUUUGCUUGAUAUUUUCUUCAUAAUUUUACAGAAGCAUGUUUUGUACACGGUAAAGGUACAAUAAGCACAGAAUUGACCUAAAUCCCCGGGGAGGGGUACUCAGGGGAAUUCUUGGUGGGAUGUGCCUCCCGGUACCCCAAAUCCUGACCCUGUUUCAGACCAAAAAAUGUCAUUUUCCACACUCGUUUUCAGACCAGGCCUCUAGAAUCCAUAGCCAUUUUCAGACCUGGCCUUUAGGCAGAAAUUAUGUCAUCAUUACUUACAUUAGAGCGCAAACAAAAAAAUUCUUCAAAUCCACUUCGAAUUCGCAUAUUUCUCUUUCUUUCCGUACUCCGAUUAUUUAGAAUUGAAGCGAUAAAUACGUUCAUACACUCCCGUAGUUCCCUCGAAAACUAUACCCGAUUCCAGACCAAAACGGGCAAAAUCUAUACCCGUUUUCAGACCAAAAAAGGCGCAAAAACCUUACCUUUUGUGGCGGCACAUACCCUGAUAAUGACUUAUAGAAUGGAUUAGCCCCAGGGCCUAACAACAGCAAUAUCCUGGUGAAAUAGCCCCUUUAGGCUUCAGGCAAUUGUUCCUCUCUGCUGUCGAGUGUCGUGCUCCUGUCUAUCGAUGUCUAGCUCCCACGUUGUUUCAUUCAUUCAUUAUUAAUUUUGGUUCCCAGGUGAGAAACGAUACUGUUUUUCAGUUUCACGACUUUUAUACCUAUUUUGGCAUGUUAUUUUGCCGGCGGGCACCCUUAUCUUUAGCCGAGGGACAAAGUUAGAAUUCUUCGUUUAGUCGGUGCAACUGGACAACGCCGGUUCCUUUAUUUGGGAUAGUGUCAAACUGCGAAAUUUUUAACUCGCUUUAAGUGCUUCAUUUCAUUUAAGAUACUUAUUCACCAGCUCCUCCGGCAGAAAAAACUCUGCACAAUGUUAUCAGCAGGAGAAGUGCAACACUGGUCCUCUUGACCUGUUCGUUAUCUUUAAAGUCAAGCAGCGGAUGGUUUUAGAUAGCAUCUCUUCCCGGGGGAGAUGUACUUAACAAAGAUUUAUACGGGGAGGCUUCGCCCCUCCGCCCCAAGCUCCAGCCCCGUAGGCUUUCAUAUACCAUUUGGCUGAAAAGGUAACCCUUUCGUAUACUGUCUUUGACGCCCCGGGAAAAACGGGGCGUAUAAGACAAACCAACCACGCGACUGACAAGCGACUAGAACGACUCAAGAAAGAAACCUCUUCUGGCAGGGUAAUUACUGAUUCGACCCAAAAGCUAAGACCCUUGAGCAAUAGAUAUCUAUAAACAUGACCAACUGUCAGAACUCUGUAACUACAUAUCACUAGCAUAGAAAUUUAUAUUUCAUUUUCUUUCCACACCAUAUCACGUCAUAUGCAACCUCUGAUCAGUAUCACUUAUGUUUCGGAAAAUCAAUGAUUUGUGUUAACCUGAAGAACACUGACAGAACUGACUCAUGGAAGGAUCAAGUAAUGCUCAAGCCAAAAUUAGAAAGAGAAUACGUUGCAUGAUACCUGUCUAAAAAUUGCCUCUUUAUUUAGAAUAAAAUCGCUCUAAUCUGUAAGUGGUAUAGGAUCUAGCCUGUGCCAGGCUCUCAGAUAGUAUAGUGUGGACGUAUUAAACGACUUUUCACCACUAUCUCGGAGCCUGGAACAGGCUAUAUAGGAUCAGGAGACAUGAUAGGUGUCUAUAAUUGCCUUUAGAAAAUGUUGUUACAUGCCACAGACGUUUUUUCUUUUCUUCUUUUUUCAACAAUUUUUACGUGAGGAGCAUGCACAAGCCAACGGUAAUUUGCUUUUCCUGGAGUCGAGAAAGCAAGUUCACUCCCAGAGAUGUCUAAAGACUGUCUAUUUUCUCAUGAAUUUGUCCACCGGCCACCCCGCUAGUGUUCAAUAACCCCCCCUCCCUCUGUUUUUGUUUUCACACAGGCUAUAGGAAACGAAGUCGUUCCAAUCCGUAAGAAGUGCCGGCUGGUUCAUUUCCUCAAAGGGGUAGUAAGAUUGGUCGCUUUUGAGCUUAAUUAAAGAAUUUCCUGGGUUAAUUGUCGUGACCCCUUUUCGCCGUCUAAGCCGCGUUAGGUUCUAAACUGGAAUUGUUCAUUCUUUUCCACAUACAGGGGCGUACUUAGAGCUACGUUUUGUCAGUAAAAGAACUGUCAUUGAUAAAAAAAAAAAAACAAACAAAAACAUGAAAUGAAAGUAAAGGCUAAAGGCGGUGUAAUUGAUAACGUCAAUUGGAAAAUGAAAUGCGCUUUUUUCGACACAGUAUCAAUAUCAAACAGUAUCGAAAAGUCACAAAAAAUAGAUAUAAAAAAGAUACGAAAUCAAAAGAUGAAUGAUUUGAUUUCAGAACUUUUGCGUCUAUCUCAGAAUGACCUAAGUGAAGUUGUGAAGGAAGAACGGCUUUACAAGCUUCUUGUUAGAACUUGUUACCAAACUCCAAAUAUAGAUCUACCUUCGGAUCACGUAACAAACCAUGAUUUGAUGGAAACCCACAUGCGCUUGUCAUCUUAAUUGCUCAGCACAAACAAAAACAUGAUUUUUGGCUCUUUCUUCGAAGCCUGAGUACACACCUGGUAUGUCCUUAAAAUAUUAUAUUGGCCAAUUUCAACCUCACCCAUAGAAAAAGAAGUUAACUUAAAAAAGUAUCCAUCUCUGUAAGAUUCUAGAAGCGACUUGCAGUCGUAAUUUGGAUGGUACGUGUUUUUCAGCGGGAGUUGGAGUUGAGACCUCGUUAUCAGUUUCCUGACCUAUCUUCUAGAACCUCAGUUGAUCGAAGGGCGUUGUUAUUUUGAUGGUAUCGAGGUUCGUGACCAUAGACUCCUCAACCUACUUCUGGCUAUUGUUUGCUAAAAAUACCCGCUUAGCAUCGAUUAACUGUGCAUUUGAUAAUGUUAAUGUCCGUGUCCACGAUGUCUAAUCUCUGUACUGUACCGCUAAAGAACGUUUUUCACCUGCACUAAAACUUUAAAGUUCAAUUAUGGAAAACUCCAACUGGCAGCGCCUACGAAAGUUGCCCAUUUUCGAGCAAAAUGUCAGGAAAUCAGCUCCACAUCAAGGACAAUUCAGCGAUAUCGACCCCGAACUGUGUUUAAAUCUGCUCCGUAUACCAUCUCUAAAGAAUUUUUCGGCGCUUCACCCAAAACUCGCCAAAUGUUCGUCCGAAUGGAUGUGGGAAUUUCUUUCCCUUGGAGGGCUAGAGGUACUUAUGAACGCUCUAGAGAUUCUUUCAAUGCGUCUUUCCGCCGAAUCUGGGCAUUUCGCUUUCAUGGAUGCAUUUGUGGCAGUAGAAUGCGUUCAGUGCAUCAAAGGAGUUCUCAACUCUCACGCCGGCGUGCAAUAUUUUGUCUCCUCUCCCGAUCUUGUUAGCCAGUUGGCGUACGGUAAGAGAAUAUACAAUUCUAGCAAAAUAUGUAUUUUACUAUAUCGAUCUGACCAAAUAACCCUAAAUCUUGUUUGUAAUAGCAAUUUUAGAAAUUGCCUUAGGGCACUCAACCUGUGGGUGUCGUUGAAUUAGCGCUGUUUGGCAGUUUCAAGGAUCUCUGGUUUUUCGUUUCUGAGUACAGCCGCUUGUGUGAUUUUUCCUGUCUAAACUGCCCUUUCAUCCUUUUGUUUCGACAAGAGAGAAAGACUAAUUUAAACUACAAUGUGUUACCUCGUGGUCACGAAUAUCACCUUCGAUGCCGGCUAGCGGUUGCAUGAGAUCCGUGAAUGUAAUUUUUACGCCACCAAGCUUAGCAAUGACCACAAAAAUCUACCGAUUCUAAAUUGUGGGCAAAAUCGCAUUGAAGUUCUCUAUUUGCACUUGAUACUUGUUCUAUUUAUUUUAGUUUCCGGUGUGAAUGCUGAUUUCGUAUUUCGACGUACACGUCUGAUUAGGAGUUUUUGUGUGGUCUGUUCCAAAGUACAACACACCGUCUACUGCAUAUGGCAAGAGUAAAAAUUUCUCAUUCUAGAAGUCUAGAUAUGUGUUAGAGGGAAAAUAAUUACUGGAAAGAAUGUCUUACCUUGUUUGAUAGCGUGAUCUGUUCAAAACAUUUCAUGCGUGAUUACGUGACCUGGCUUUUAAUAAUGGACAAGUGGAAACACUUCAUUAAAACAUCACGAAUUAUUACAAGAUUUCAAGUUAAUGCUAUUCGAUUGUUGCUUUAAUUAAUCGCAUGUUUUAUAAGUAGUCUAACAGUGGCAAAGAGCUAUGUUUUAGACCAAAAGCUUGUUUUAAUGAAGAGUUGUUGUUGUGAGUUGUUAGUGACGCAAGCUGGGCGCUAUCAAAUUAUUGUUCUUUGGCAGCCGGUUCAGUUAUAACAUAAGAAAGGUCUAUAAAUACAAAAACACGAAAACAAAACAAACAAACAAGAGAACAAAACAAAAGAAAAGGAAAAAAGGAAUAAAAUGAGGAAAAUAAAUAGAAAGAAAAAAAAAACAUAUAAUAAAAGCCAAGCCUCAGGCUGUGCGCAUGCCUAGUUAUCUUAAUUUUUUUUUUGACUAAAGUAAAUUCCACUUCCCUCAACCCUUUAUCGGUUUUAGCUCAAAAUACUUUUGCGCUUUCCUGUCUUUAUAUACUAUUCAUCACCAUUCAUUGCAAUUAGUGGCUGGCAAUGCAGAAUGCUGCCUUUGUUUCCUGGGUGAAUUCUAAUGAUUGGCAUUUAAUGGUCCGUGCGCCACGGGACCACCAAAACUACCCGUGAAAUGUAUUCCGUAGAAAUUUAACGAAGAUGUCGAGCACCGGGGCGAAAAACAAAUGGUCGUCUUUACAAAGACAUUUCAAUAGCGGAGAACACAUUUUGUUGCUUUCGAGCGAAUCUUCUCCAGAAUAUUGCGUUCGAUUAUUGAAAUACCCGUCUGUUCAAAACUACUAUGGUAUGAGAGGCAAGCUGAUGUGUUCUUCAAACGACUGGAUGGCAGAAUUUCUUGAAAAUGAUGGGAUGGACGUUUUAUUGGGCGCUUUGGAACGAUUAAGUUCUCGAAAGUUGUUUGUUGACGCUGUUAUGCUUCUGGAAUGUACAUGUUGCAUUAAAAUGGUUUUGAACUCCAAAGCUGGACUAGAAUUCAUGAUUGGAAAUCGCGACUUUACGCGGAGACUUGGUCGAGGUUAGUAAUCUUCUUGUAGCGUUUGGUAUCACGCAGUUUUGUCCAGCGGGUUCUUUUUAAAACAUGUCUUUGUAUGUCCACCGUAUUUCAUUGUCUAUCUUUCGUCCGUCACUCUUAAACCGAUCGACCAAAGUGAAAAAAUUUCACUAACACGGAAAUUAUUUUUAAAAGUAUUGCUUCUUGCGCCUUAUUAUGUGGUCAAUACUGGGUUUACCUCGGUGUUAAAACCUGUGAAGUUUUUCUGUGUUUUCUAGCUAUUAUUUUUCUUGGCUCUAUUGUGUGGUCUUCUCUGGUUUAUCUUUUGUGUUUUAGACACUUCGUUUUACCGCCUGUCCGCGAUAACGACAGAAGAAAAAUUAAGCUAAAGUUUAUUUUUUUACUGGUAUGUCUCGAACUGCAUUGUUUGGCCGUAACGAUUUCCACACGAAUGAAAACAGAGAUUUGCAUUUGAACACAAAAAAUUGUGAUACAUCAUUUUCUUACUUUAAAAAAUUUACAAAUGUUGAGUCGCAAUUGUCAACGUUACCCUAUGUUAUUUGCGGGGCUCUUGUUAAUUACAAAAAUUAUAUUUGAUAACAACAGGUGUAACAAUUAGAUGUCCCCAGGUUAUGUAGCUGAUUUUAGCUGUAAAAGACAAUAUCUUUUGCUCAAGCUUAUAUACUGCGUAUGUAACAAUAGGUUUUGAGAUCUAUGGAAUCUCCUUCGACGCAGUUUUGGUUUUAUAAUCGCCCGCUUUCAUGAAAAGAGAGAAAUUAAACAGCGUCGAUUAAAAAAAAUGCUGUUUAAGCGGUAUUUGCAGUCAGGCAAAAUACAUCAAACAUUUAUCGUUAGCAAAAUUUGCGGUUAUAAAGGUUAUUUCUAAAUAUUGAUUUAGUACCUUUACGGAGUGAAGUUAUAAGGUGAAAAUUAGAUUUAGCAAUAAAGUUCCAGGUUACAAGAUUCUCUCUUUUUCAAUGUUACAUCAACCUGUUUUUCUCUUUUUGAUUCGCAAUUGUCUGUCUGUUUGUUUUUCCAUUGUUGAAGGGAUUAAUUAUAAUUUAUAAGUAACGACUUUGGUGAACAACUUCGGGAAUCUCAUGUGAUGUCCUCUUACACAUUCAGAAGUUAGAAGUGAGAUUUGUUCUUAACGUGUUCCAGGCGUUCACAGAGUAGAUCGCAAUCGCAAUCGCGAUUUCACUCGCUCCCUACCACCUGAACGCCCCGCUCGACUAUCCGAACUCCUAGAACAGGCUGAUUUGUUCUUGAUGCUUACUACUUUUUUGUCGUAGUUUAUAGACGGACUCUGUUUUCUCAAACUCUAUUUUUCCAUUCUGGUUUUGACAAAGACAAAAGUCACGUUGACACGUUGCUGGAAAAAUUUUCGAACCGGUAGCCUGCGAAACCAGCCGUUUCUCCUCGCUCUUCGCCGCGGAGGACGUUUCGCGAGAGCGAGGAGAGUAACGGCUGUUUUCGCAGGCUAUUUCGACCGGCUGAAAAAAUUAACCCCUAACAUCUUGUUCACACGGAAUAGUCAGUUCAAUAUGUUCACUGUGUUCACAAGGACUAACUGGCAAAACCAGGUGAAAUUUUAACUUUUGUCAGCGUUUUUAUCAUCUGCCAUGCGCAGUGGGCUACUUGAGCAAGUAUCCCUUCAGCUGAGUGAUCACGUUUCAUGAAACCACGCCUCUGCCGUACAGGAAACUCGGGUAUUCACACUGCGUCACUCAACUUUUCGACCGUACCGGCUAAAAAUGACCUCAAGUGGGCGCUAAAUUUUUGAUCGACUAAGCGCUUUAGUUAUCAUACAGUUGGCGGAAUGAGCGAAAAUCUGACACUUUAAUUUUCAACCGGUCGAAAGUUCGUCCAGUUAUAAGCUUUGAUUGUAAUCAGAUUACGGUCCCCUGCAAGUACGUCACUUCCGGUUGGUAGUACGAUUUUAAAAACCUUUUAAAGCAGAAAACCAGCUCAUUGUCUUCCAAAUAUAAUGUAGAAGGUAAAAUUGAAUAUUUUAGAGCGAAAAGACCCCUCUCAUUCAUCGUGUUUUCACUAAACUCAAUGCGAACAACAAAUUAUUUUCCAGUAAAUAUUAACUUGCUCAUGAGAGCCGAUGAACGACCACCCCUCCUGGGAUUUCUCCAGUAAUCCCAGUGUUUGCACAAAUUUUCAGUCUUUGCUUUUGUUUGUGCAUUUCCUGCACUGCUCUCGAAGCUGGUUUCUGGAAAUUGCGCACGAUUUUCGCUGGCUUUCUCCUACAUAUCGAGCAUCAACCGAAAACCGGUGGCGCUCUCUAGCCCUUGUGUGUUGAAACGUCAGUGGAAACCGUAAAAUGGCCUUCAACGCAAAGUCCAUAUGGCGAAAGAUUUCUAGAGAAAAUAAGGACGUCUCCUUCCCAAACACUGAACUUAUCGCGGACGCAGAUCCCGAGUUGUGCGUCAAAUUAUUGAAAACUCCGUCGCUGAAGAAUUUCUCCGGGAUAAGGCCGCGCUUAGAGAAGGCGAACAAAGAAUGGCUGAGCGAAUUUCUUGUCCUCGGUGGAAUGAACUGCUUGCUCGACAGUCUAUCGUGUUUAUCUGAGACUAGACACUUCUCUGAAGCUCUUGAACAAAUCGAAUGUGUAAGAUGUAUCAAAGCAGUCAUGAAUUCUCCCACUGGUUUGGAGCUUAUGAUCCAAAGUAACGAGCAAACUAGGUCGCUAAUAAAAGGUAAGAGAAAAUUCUACGUGUAAUUCAAGUCGCCAUUGUAAUGCCCUUUGGGAACCGGUUUUAUUUACGUGGACCAGUUUAGAAUAUUUAUUUCAUUUAGACAAUAACAACGCUUUUAAAAAACCGUUAGCAGGAAAAGUAAGUACCCUGUGAAGUAUGGUUAUAGUAGUAAAUAUCAAUAGAAAAUGAAUGUGGGGGAUUUCAUCACUCAUUUUGUCUUUAUUUUCCGUGGUAUUCGAAAUUCAUGAUACAUUCAUUUUUCCUUUCUACUCGAUUGUUUGUUGAAGAGUUAAACAGAGGAUUGUGAAAUUUGCAUAUAAAACAAAAGGAUUACUGCAUGACGUAUACCUUAUUCUUUCCCUUUGAGUACCAGCAACCAUUUGCAGUGCCGGAUCCACACCUUGAGAUAAGAGGAGGGGGUGGGGGGGGGGGGGGGGCCCCCCUGGAUCCGCCCCUGAUGUGCUUAUUCAGUUCCUUUUUUUUUUUUUUUUUUUUUUUUUUUUUUUUUUUUUUUUUUUUUCUUUUGAUUUGCAAAUAUUUUAUUUUUUUUUUUUUUUUUCCAUUAACUAUAAAACCGGAAAACAAAAAAGAGAUAGGGGAAAAAAAACAAUGAGUGUGAAACCCGCAAACCAAAAGAAAAAAAAUUUGGGGGUUUUUUAAAAGCGACCCCCAACUUUUAAAAAUUUGACAAAAAUUUUUUUUUGUGUUUUGUUUUAUUGUUAUAGAAAGAAGUAAAAGGAGUAUAUAAUAUUUUUAAUAAAAAAAAAUUGUCUUCGUCUUAGGUGUCUUCAUUCUUCUCUGUGGGGGCGUGGCAGGGGGGGGGGGGGGGGGGGGGCCCGCGGGGGGGGGGGGGGGGGGGGGGGGGGGGGGGGUGCUCCCCUGGAUCCGCCACUGAUGUGCUUAUUCAGUUCCUUUUCUUUUCUUUUUCUUCUUUUUUUUGUUUUCUUUUUCUUCUUUCGAUAGACUUUCUUAUUUCCGAACCUUAAUAAUAAUAAUAAAAAUAAACAUCAAGUCAUUUCAUACCGUCAGUUCACUUUCUGCUAUGUUUAUGCACUAUUUGAGUGAAUUGAAGUACUGACGGAUAAGUCUGCUCAGUUAGCCUAAGUCCCAAAGUAUUAUUGUACACAAACAUAGCAAUUUCUGGCCUUUUUUACCAAAAUCCCAAAGAGACUAUACAAAUAAAGUCAAUUUUCUUAUAUGAAUGUCACAGCGUAGGUCCACAGAAUUAUUAUCAAUUAUUGGACGAGGCUGUAUUCUUCAUCUAGCAUGCAGUUUUCAUCCGUUGAGUGGUAUUUGAGGGAACAGUUGGGCUAUUUCGUCUUUGCACAACGGUAUACCUUGCACAACGCGCAUGAAAUUUUCCACCAUUUCAUCCAGUUCAGCACUUCCGAAACAGCUGAGCCACCGCUCCUCUUGCUUGUGGUUCCUAUUUUCGGUCGAUAUCAAUACGAUUGACGUCAAUCGUACUGAUUCGGCAAACUUCUUCCAAGUUUGCUAUUUUAACGCUAGCUGGUUAUGAAGAAUUACCCUUUAAACCUAACGGCUUAUAAGUAAAGGAGAAAUAUUUUCAAUGAAUAAUAAAUCCAUUAAAUGACUAGAAUGACUUCAAUUGGUGCAGCAGCGAGUUGCGCGAGAGUUUACGAGAUGCGUAUUUCUAGUAAUUCCCGUAACUCUUUUUUUACUCUUUAACAUUUGAAUCGAAGCUGGAAUCAUAGUGCUAUACUGCCUUGUUUAUGGACGUGCCUUGUAGCUAAAAAGUGAACGUUAAGUGUAUUUUAAUGAAUUUUCGCUUCUUAUUUCAAUGCACAUCAUGUGUAAUUAGAAUAUACUCUGUUGAUAUUGUUCUUACUUUUGACCAGUCAUAAAAACAAGAAUUGACGCUGUCACCUGAUAGCUAAGUUUUUUAUUCAAAAAAGCUUCGACUGUGUAGACAAAGGCGACUUCUAAGCAAAUUUUUCGAAGGUGUAAUACACCUGCACUGGAAUUGACAGCCAUUUUUGAUGGAGAUAAAUUUUGAUAGAUCCUCUAAUGGCUAACGUUCGCAGUCCCAAAAUUACCUUUGAGCGUGGAUAUUAAUUAAAAUUACUUGCGUGUACAUUUUGUGCUGUUUUUAAGCAAAUUACAAACUAAUUCAUUUACCUCAUUGAACAGAAUCCUUUUAAAUUUGAAAACUGUCAGUUCAUUCCAUACAAAUGUAUUAUCAGAUUUAAGUACCCUUUAAACAGAGCAAACAGAAAAUGAGCCUCAUUUGCUAGUCUUGUCUAUAAUUACAAAGUCUUACUAAAAAAAACUUUCACUAAGUGAAUAACAAAAUAUUCAAUAUUCUGACGUUUACAAAUGAAUAUUUGCGUUUAUGUACUGAUAACCUGUCUCACCUUCUCUGUUUAUUGUGAUAAAUUCGCUCUCGAAAAUUAUAACAAUACACGCCCGGUUUAAUUAGCUCCCUCCGUGAUGUCAUUUGUAGACCAAUUUCCAAGUCUAAUACGUUAUUGGUGCGAACUUUCAAUCAUUAAUGCCGUUCCAUUUACUAAAGGAAGUCUUCCUAAACGCUGUUAACGAUCUGCAUGCCCUGGGGUGGGCAAAUAAGAUAAGACUGAAUAUUGAAGAGACUCUGCCGGGCGAUUCUAAUGACUUUGAGAGGAUUUUUUUCUCGUAAACCGCAAAGCCGCGUAGAUUUUCAGCUUAAUGCCACAAAACCGGACAGUUACUUAGNAACAGAAAAUGAGCCUCAUUUGCUAGUCUUGUCUAUAAUUACAAAGUCUUACUAAAAAAAACUUUCACUAAGUGAAUAACAAAAUAUUCAAUAUUCUGACGUUUACAAAUGAAUAUUUGCGUUUAUGUACUGAUAACCUGUCUCACCUUCUCUGUUUAUUGUGAUAAAUUCGCUCUCGAAAAUUAUAACAGUACACGCCCGGUUUAAUUAGCUCCCUCCGUGAUGUCUUUUGUAGACCAAUUUCCAAGUCUAAUACGUUAUUGGUGCGAACUUUCAAUCAUUAAUGCCGUUCCAUUUACUAAAGAAAGUCUUCCUAAACGCUGUUAACGAUCUGCAUGCCCUGGGGUGGGCAAAUAAGAUAAGACUGAAUAUUGAAGAGACUCUGCCGGGCGAUUCUAAUGACUUUGAGAGGGUUUUUUUCUCGUAAACCGCAAAGCCGCGUAGAUUUUCAGCUUAAUGCCACAAAACCGGACAGUUACUUAGACUUAUCAGAGUCCAUUGUGUAUAAUGGCUAACGCUAUAGUCGCCAGAAGAUGGGAUGUUAUCCGUCAACAGUUUCAGAACAGCGUAGACGAUUGUGAGCAAAAUGAAACGGGAAGUGUUUCCUUCUCCAAAGAUGUUUCUGCAGAAUUGUGUGUUCGUUUACUCAGCGCCUCGUCUCUUCAAAACUUCUCUGGCCUUAAAUCAAAACUUCAAGAAAGUUCUGGUCAGUGGAUUGAAGACUUUAUCAUCCAUGGUGGAAUGGAAGUUCUCUUCCAAGCAUUAGACAGGUUAAGCCAAACCGGUAGAAUGGCUUUCUUAGAGGCAUUUAUGCAACUGGAGUGUGUUAAUUGCAUCAAAGCGGUUAUGAACUCAAAACAAGGGCUCGAUUCGAUGACGAAAAACAAGACUUUGGUGCGAAAUCUAGCUCAAGGUUGGCUUGAACUGAUAUUUCAGUACAAUUCAGUUUAUAUUAGAUCGUACCUUAAUUGUGUUUCUGUGCUUUCUUAAAUUCACAACAUAUAAUAGGGAACUGUUUUGUCCUCCGAGUUUUAAUCCAGUGAUUCGAACUCGAUGCUUUUCCGUAGAGGUGUUCGCUUAUCGUAUGUUUGCGUUCAUUCCAAGGAAUUAUUUUAGAUUAUCUCGUGUUUACAUUUGUGGCUUGAUACUUAACGUUGAUAUAGAAGAUACAGAGAAACAAAUCAUGGUACUUAUCCAUAUAUUUAGCGACCCUAAUUUAUCUUCCAUUGGACUUGCGUAGGUAGGGUGUUAAUAACUCCUGCCAUUUUUCCACUGCCCGAAAUUUAUCAGGCCAAAAAACUCUUAGGUGGGUGAUAUCACAAUUCUUAUAUAUAACGGAAAGUUUAUUUGUGACCGUUCGUAAAUUGAAAUUUCUCACUGUAGAUCUUGGCGCCUUUUGUAGUUUGCUCGAAAAUCAACCAAUGUUUACUUUUUGUUGCAAACAGAAACCUUGCACUCGUGCAGAGAAGAAAAUGAGAAAAGCACGAAAGCAUUAAUAAUUGAAACUUUGUCGAAAUGGACAUUAUCUAUAUACAGCUGUUUCGAGACAGGUUGUCGGAAGAAAUGCGCACGCGACAAUCCCUAAAGGUAAUAUGGGAUAUGAUCAAUACUCUGUUCCUAACGACUGAAGCUGUCGAACCUACUUUUGUUGCUUUCCUUUCGCACUCGCAAACAUAUGUCCGUGGCCUCCCGUACCAUUCUUUCCAAUUUUUUUGAAGAAAAGUGUCCUCAAAGCCACCCACAAUACCUUUCGGGAUUGUCGCGUGCACUUUUUCCGACAACCUUUCUCGAAAUAGCUGUAUAUCAUUUUUACACUAAAAGUAAUCUAUUAUCACUGAUAGAGGCUUUUAACUAAAAAUGCCUUGUGCGACCAACAGCCUUAAAAAUAACGUUUUUUUAUCCUUUUUCUUUUCUCUUGUGUGUAGAGCUUUGUUUUAAUAUUUUCUUUUACAUCUAUGUAAAUAGCCUGCUCUCUUUUUUUAUACGAAUCCGCUUUAACCGCGGCAAUAAGUUAAGGAGACUUUUCGAGAACUCUGAUUAAGAUGUCUGUCUAUAUAACAAUAACUUUAAAAACCCUAGUUACAAUCAAAUUCUCCGUUGUGAAAUAAGUGAUGCAAGAGCAUGUUUGUUGGAAACAAAUUUACAUAAAAUUGAAUUUUUCCCGCGGCCUUGUCCCGCGGGAUAAAAGACCCGGCAGUGUAUUUGCAACUAAUGACUCGUACUGUUUGUACUAACCUGUAUUUGAAGUCAAUGAAUAAUUAACAUACAUGUAUCCUUUGCGGGUUUGCAAAACUGACUGCAGUCACAAACCAUGUUUUUUCUCCCGUCAAGUUACAAUUAAAACACCCCCGGACGCCGAACUUUUCAUGAGCCGAACCUAAUUCGAAUUAAGGCCGACCCGAAUUAUUUAGACCGGCUGAAUUGAUUCACUGUACUUAAUUCAAUGUAUAUGUAUGGGGUUUGGCUCAUGAAAUGUACGGCGUCUGAACCGGGCUUAGGCAAUAAAUAUUAUUAACUUUCUCUUCCGUUUUGUUUCAGCCCUGGACACAAAUAAUACUAUGAUCAAGAAACAGGUCUUCGAGCUUCUUUCCGCAUUGUGUCUUUACUCCAAUCAAGGACAUAAGCUGGCAAUCGAUGCACUCGAGAAUUACAAGGUAUUUUGUAAUACAUAUUAAUUAGUUUCCCCUUUCGAAGUACGGUACAUCUGGAGCAUUUGGCCUAAGCUGAGAUGCUGUCCCAAAAAGUACAUUUGUUCGGAAACGAAGCUUGGAAUAGUUUUAUGUCUAAUAAGGUUAUGUUCACACUGUGCUGGAUAGCUCUUGCGCCAUACCGUUGGGACCUCUGUUCAUGCUUUCGGCGCGAUUUCUGUAACGGAGCUGCGCUGCGCCGCGCCGAUCUCGAAAGUGGAGCUAGCCUCGCAUAGAACGUAAAGAUAGUGGUUAAUUUUUCUUCCUUUUCCCGAACUGAAAACUUUUCUUAUGACUGGAAUUAACUAGCGGGACAUAUCAGAUGCCUAGGUAAACAACAGAACGAUAUAAUUUCGAAGUAAUUCAAAUUGGUGCAAGUUGCUUUCUCAUGUGACGUUUUCCCUGGCGAUACGGCAUCGUUGCUUCCAAUAGAAACUUUAAGAUCCAACAGCGAUGACGCCAACGAAAACGUUCCUGACAAACAGACUUUACGUCGUUUCCAACUUUUCGCGAUUAUUCUAACUUAUUCCUUUAAAGGUAGGAAAAUUCAGGUUGAGCUGAAGGGUCAGAUAUAGUGAUAUUUCACUUUAUAAAUUUAGUCAUUUCACGUCGUACUCGCGCGGGAAUGAAUUGUAUCUCCCUGCUUCAUGUUAGGCUGAAUAACAGGUUGUAGGUGUACCAGUUAAAGAGAGAUAUACAGCUGAUACUUUUCUCCUAUCUUAUUCCAAUAACAGCUUACUAAAGGACAAAGAUACAGAUUUAGCCUGGUCAUUAAUGAACUAAAAAAUGCUGAAGUCAUACCGUAUAUGACUACUUGCCUGGCUUUUAUUAACACCAUACUUAUUGCUACUGAAGACUUCGAAGAACGUGUGAGACUGAGGAACGAAUUUGCAGGUACAUAACCCAAAAGUACAUUUCCUAAAAUGUAAAAUAAUAUAAUAUAUAACUAAUGUACAUUAUUUUAUAUUAUAAAAUGUCCAAAAGCAAAAAUGUACCGUUUGAAUGAUCAUUUCAUGAUGUCGUUUCCGCUGACUCAAGGAUCUUCCUCUUCGAGGCAAUGGUUACACUCACUGAGUUGUGUUUCAGUAGGAGACUAAAAUUGAAAGUUACUCUUAAUUAUCAAGACAAGACUAAUUCUGCAUACUGAGACUUGAAUGGCUAGAUGCGAAUAUAACUGUAACAGUUUCCGAUUAUUAUAAAUUUGUUUUCCAACAGUAAUCAAAAACGGAGAUGGCUCCUUGAAUUUGAAUGUUGCAGUCCUCUUGAAACAUAAUCUCACACAGUUGUGUAGAACUUGUCAAAGUUGAAUAUCAACUGACAUUGCUAUUUUGGAGGGAAGACUUUAGCAGCGAACGUCUGUCCCCUUAAACUUUCCUAACUUCGUAUUUGAUUCUUGAAUUAUUUAUAUCUUAGUGUUAUCACUAAGUUUUGACCACAAGCUCCGUGAAUGGUUUAAGUCCUGCAAAUAAAAAAGGAAAAGAAGGGGGAGUGAGAUAAGUCUUAGGUGUGAAACAAGAUGAAAAUCGCCAAGACUGAAUGUGAAAACGUGCCAAAAAAGGAGCGGGCAACUUGCAUUUUAUACAGUUAAAGGAAUUUGUCUUUGUAUUGCUGCUUAUCCAACAAGCUUGAGCUAAUUUUUUAUUAUUUUAUUUUAAAAUAAGUGGUUACAAGUUAGUUUCUCGUGUCGUUUAGUGGUCGAACACUGCUACCUGCAGCGAGAAAAUUGUCGCGAGGAUGCUUGAGGUUUGAACUGUAAUCGUAAUUGGUCAAAAACAGAAAAUUUACAUUCAAUGUACAACUCGGCUACUAUUCGCGCCAAAUAGUUGGCAGGUGAAUUUGUCUAACAACACGUACUAGUUAAUUUUUACAAAAAAGAGAAGAAGCAUCGACGCCGUUACCUUGCUAUUUUUUUAAUUUUUUUUUUCGACGAUUGCAACAACCGCGUAUUUGUCGAUGAGUAUUUGUGGGAAUAUCUCCAGGACUUUUUAAUUUUUUGGCCUGCCUCAGCGGAGAAAUAAACACAUGUAGGGUCAGCAUGAAGCUCCAUGUUGCUGGAAAUUAAUGGCUCCAAUUUAUCCCUCUUCAGGUCUUGGAUUACUGGACAUUCUGAGCAAUUUAAGGUAAGAGGUAACUCACAGACAGUGCUUAGUGCUUUCAAACGCUCUAUUUUUAUAGGGGAUGAAGUUGACAGAGGCAAUUUUUAUUCUUAUUACGUUUUAUGUGAGAUCGAAAAUCAUUUUUAAGUACCGUUAAGUGUAUCUCUGUUUUCUAAAAAUUUCGGUAUAGAUAUUUACGACUGGAGCAGGACUAAGUACUUCAGUCAAAACAGGUCCCGUAUGUGGAAAAGAUACAGUGGAAAAUUCCUCGUAGCAUGCAGCAGAUCAAAUUCACAUCUGCGAAAAGUUGAAUUUGACGACAUUCACCAAUUAUAACAAUUUACUUGUGCCAUGCUUUUUGAGAAGUAAUGAGCUCAUUUAAGUGAACACGUAAAGCAAGUAAACAGUUGAGUAGCCACUCGAAAUCAGGCAAAAAGAAAGAAACGAAUGUUCAUUAUAUAUCAGUUCACCCAAUUAAAUCUAGUUGGUUAGGACAAUUAUUUUUACUAUGACAUUAAAACCAAGGGAAUAUAUAUACAUGUAUGAAAUAUGAAUGUAAAAAGUGCAAACAAGCUAUUCUAACCACGUUCCACAAUUUCUUAGUUUAGGAAAAAAUAAGAUCACAAUUUAAAAAUUAAUUAUCUCUAAAGAAAUGAGCGGGAUGUUGAAAGCAUGAAAAAAUGUAAUGCUAUUAAGAAAACAUUAAAAAGUUCUCUGUUUGUCUAUAUUAUUUCUGAGCUAAAGUUCCCUUCUUGUGAAAUGAAACACUAGCAUCUGAGUUCAGCGUUUGAGUGAUUAAAACAAUUACGCAACCGCGAAAUUAAAUAUUACCGACACUGUUUACAUUAUUCCUGGAAUGGCAAAAUUCAAUACUCGACUCUCGAGUAACAAGUCUUUAUGUUUGAGCAUUUAUUAUAGUUCUAAAUUACCUCUUAGGCAUAACGACGAUGAAGAUUUACUGGUUCAACUUGACGUAUUUGAAGAACAGAGACUAGAAGAUGACGAAGAAUUGAGUUCUCCAGAAGGGGUUAAUCUCACUUCUCAUUUGGAUGUCUUUCACGCCUUGUUUAGAAAGGUUAUUAUAUACCAUCUCCCUUUCUUAGCAUAUUGCUUCAAGUGUUUUUGUUUACGUAUUGUUCUUAUACCCUUGUUAGACCGAAGAAGAUCUAGAAUAAAUUCAUCAAAGUGUUGGGAUAAUCGAUAAAUUCCCUAUUCCCAAGAAGGCCAUGCUGAACUUGACAAAUGCCCGGAGGUUGGGCACACUUGUAAUUGACAAAAAUCUGACUUAGCCCUUACACCUCACCAGGAUUAGCUCAGUCGGCAGAGCGCUUGACUGCAGAGCAGGAGAUCGUGGGUUUGAUUCCCGUGGCCGUACCAAUAUAAAGGUACUCCCUUUGCCCUGCUCCUGAUUUGGAUGACCACGCGCGUAAAAUGGCNAUGUUUGAGCAUUUAUUAUAGUUCUAAAUUACCUCUUAGGCAUAACGACGAUGAAGAUUUACUGGUUCAACUUGACGUAUUUGAAGAACAGAGACUAGAAGAUGACGAAGAAUUGAGUUCUCCAGAAGGGGUUAAUCUCACUUCUCAUUUGGAUGUCUUUCACGCCUUGUUUAGAAAGGUUAUUAUAUACCAUCUCCCUUUCUUAGCAUAUUGCUUCAAGUGUUUUUGUUUACGUAUUGUUCUUAUACCCUUGUUAGACCGAAGAAGAUCUAGAAUAAAUUCAUCAAAGUGUUGGGAUAAUCGAUAAAUUCCCUAUUCCCAAGAAGGCCAUGCUGAACUUGACAAAUGCCCGGAGGUUGGGCACACUUGUAAUUGACAAAAAUCUGACUUAGCCCUUACACCUCACCAGGAUUAGCUCAGUCGGCAGAGCGCUUGACUGCAGAGCAGGAGAUCGUGGGUUUGAUUCCCGUGGCCGUACCAAUAUAAAGGUACUCCCUUUGCCCUGCUCCUGAUUUGGAUGACCACGCGCGUAAAAUGGCGGUCCCAUCUCCAUCAGAAGGCUUACUUUAAAAAAAUUGUCUUGGUAUUUAAGUGCUAAUUACAUUGACGAUUCAAAAGAAGUGCACAUUUUUUUAUUUUUAUCAGUGAAAGGUGGUUAACUACCACCUUAAGUAACUUUCAGUUUAUUUCUCGUUCAUAGGUGAGCAACAAACCCCAAGGAGUGAACCUUUUGAGCAUCUUGCAAAACCUGCUUCUGAUAGAAGACGAUUCUCCUGUGUCAGACUCUGUCUGGGAAGUGAUAGAGAGGCUAGUAAGGCGAGCUGUACACAUAGAAUCCAUCCCUCGGGCCGAGUCGCUGUUAGAGGUAGGCGAGAAAGAACUUAUGGGCUUGGGAGAUAGAUCAGCUAUAAGACAACAUAACAAAACUGAGCAAAGUGACUCUUCCGAUGACAAUCUUAUUGAACAACGAAUGUCUGUGGCGGAGCAUUCUGUGGAAGAUGUUCGCUCAGCCUGUCUGAUGUCUGUUUCCGAUCGACAGGAUACUUUAACUGCAGAUCAUAAUGAGGUUGUAGAACAGAUUCCAGCAUCGUCGUGUGAAACUGUAUUAGAAGAAGCGGCCCCUGUAACAUUCUUCGACGAAGCGCCUUCGUCCUCAUCGGUUCAAAUACUUGAAGGAAUCAUACAAAAUAACAAGAAUGUGGCUGUUAGAUCUAAACUAAUUAACAAAGAAACAGACUCGAGAUCCUCAGAAGGAGAAAUGGAAGGAGAGGUUGCAUCACCAAGCUCCUGUGAACUUCUCGAUCUUGAAAGUGUCGCUAUCGAACUUGGUUUAUCCAAAAGUUCCUCAUCUCCAUCCUCUCCAGUAGUAACUGAACAAUCGGGUGUUGAAAGUUCGGUAGAGUUAAAGCAAGCUUCCGUUGUCCAAGCGGGACUACCUCCCCCUCCACCUCCCCCUCCACCUCCCCCACCGCCUAUUGCUGGUCAAUCCAGUGAUAGAUUUGAGGAGCAACCUUAUCAAGCAGCCCCAAUUCAAGGAGGUCCCCCACCUCCACCUCCACCUCCACCACCCCCUCCUCCGCUACCUGGGCAAGAUGACAGUACAGAGUGUGGUGACUACCCAGUCUCCGAGGGUGCUGCUUCGCCUCCACCACCUCCACCGCCCCCACCGUUACCAGGUAACAGCAGCGUACCACCACCUCCACCUCUCCCAGGAUUUGGCGCAGUACCCCCACCGCCUCCUCUCCCAGGAAUGGGUAAUGUACCGCCGCCUCCUCCCCUACCCGGCAUGGGAGGUGUACCGCCUCCCCCUCCUUUGCCUGGAAUGGGAGGUGUUCCUCCACCUCCUCCUUUGCCUGGAAUGGGAGGUGUUCCACCACCUCCUCCUCUUCCUGGGAUGGGUGGUGUUCCUCCACCACCGCCUCCACCUGGUGGUGUUCCACCUCCGCCCCCUCCCGGUGGGUUUGUCACGCGAGCUUUCCAGCAGAAUCUGCAAGGCAGGGCAAGUUCUCCCCUCACCCCUGCUGUGAAACCCAAGACCAAGAUGAAAACUCUGGCUUGGCAGAAGCUACCGCCUCACGUUAUACAAAGGAGCAAAACAUGUGUCUGGGCGCGGGUGCAGGCUUUGGAAGUCGUUCAGCCUGAUUUCCGACUUGAGGAGGAAUUGUUUUGCCAAAAGAAAGCAGCACCCAAGAAAGCAGAUUCCAAAAAGAAGGAGUCCUCAGAGGUAAGAGUGGCUGGCGUGUCCAGUAGCCUGAGCUUUAGAUUAUCCUGGUUUAUCCCAAAAACUUAUCUCUUCUUUGAUUACCGUCACCUCUCUCUUAACCUUUUCACUCCCAGAAGUGUUUAAAGUAAAAAUUUAACAAGAAUUCCAAAGUUCAUUUUGUAAAAUAAUGCAAAAUAAUAGUAGCAUGUAAAAGUACCGUCAAAGAGGUUGCAUUUGGAUGAUCACACCAUAGGAUUGUCCACAGACUAUAGUUGACUUGCAGAACUCCAUCUUCCUUUCACUCUGGCAGUGAAGGUACCUUUCACCUUGAGCUGGUCACUGCCAUUGUUUAAUCUAUACCAGCGGUGGACUUCAUCAAGAGAGUUGACUGUAUCGAUCAAAAAACUUGCUAGAGAAGAGUUUUUGUAUCCAAGGAAAAUAUUUGCAUCAGCAGAAGUACAUGAAAUAAUGAAAAGGAUACUGCACCGAUAAAAUACAGGUUUUACAGUGCUUUGCCGUUUGUCCCUUCCUUACAGUAUAACUCAUUGUCUUUUUUUGCACCAUAAAGAUCAGUUCGACUGGUUAUUUCAGUUGAAUGGUAUUGUGUAAAAUAGGUCACUGUUUAUUUUUAACAAGGAUUUUGAUGCUUUAACUGAUAUCUGUUGUUUUUGUUGUUGUUUAGAUCAGCCUUCUAGACCCGAAAAGAAGUCUUAACGUAAACAUAUUCAUGAAGCAGUUUAAAAAGUAGGUAGUCUACUUCUUAUGUUCUUUGUAGUGGCCUCGAGUGUUUAAGUAUAAAAGAAUUGCGUAGCAUUCGUUUCCUCUGCAAACUGUGUAAGGCGAAAAAAAGCUUGGUUUUUCGAAUCAAAGAAAAUGAAACCCUUGAGAGGAGGCUCAUCACACAUUGGGUAAUAUAUAGAUCGAGAUGGAGAAACACCGCCUCUCGCUCGAUUUGUUUUCUCUUUUUUUACGCGCUUUGUAAAGGAAAGGACUGCUACAUAGGCUAACAUGAAAGGCACCUCUAGAAGGCGGUUAUUAACACAUCACUGACCCGAGGUAACCUUUACCUCAGCACUGGUAUGAACUUAAUUAAUUCGUCAGUAGCCAGAUUCCGCUUCUGAUGAUUUCUGAAUUGGAGAGAGUUUAUUGUUAUUUUGUUCUUCCAAACAUUGACUCUUGCUGAGGAUGAGAGGGUGAAAAUGAUUCUCGAUUUUGUUUCUUUUAUAGAAAAAACGAAGAGAUAGUUGAGCUAAUCACCAAAGGAGACAGCAAGGCCUUCGACGUAGNAGAAAAUGAAACCCUUGAGAGGAGGCUCAUCACACAUUGGGUAAUAUAUAGAUCGAGAUGGAGAAACACCGCCUCUCGCUCGAUUUGUUUUCUCUUUUUUUACGCGCUUUGUAAAGGAAAGGACUGCUACAUAGGCUAACAUGAAAGGCACCUCUAGAAGGCGGUUAUUAACACAUCACUGACCCGAGGUAACCUUUACCUCAGCACUGGUAUGAACUUAAUUAAUUCGUCAGUAGCCAGAUUCCGCUUCUGAUGAUUUCUGAAUUGGAGAGAGUUUAUUGUUAUUUUGUUCUUCCAAACAUUGACUCUUGCUGAGGAUGAGAGGGUGAAAAUGAUUCUCGAUUUUGUUUCUUUUAUAGAAAAAACGAAGAGAUAGUUGAGCUAAUCACCAAAGGAGACAGCAAGGCCUUCGACGUAGACGUCCUCAAAGCAUUCAUCAAGCUUCUUCCUGAUAACACUGAGGUUAGUAGGAAAACGUUUUUUUUUUUUUGCUUUUAAUACCACCACACCACAUUAGUUUGGCUGAAACCGUGCUAAAACUUCCGCUUUCACCGACACUUCGUCGGUUUCGCCAGCUUAAUUUUAUUGGUUCAAGCUCCCGUUAUAUCAACGGACAAAUGGUGCCUUCUUUGCACACUUGGAAAGCAAUAAGAUUCAUUUCAUCAGUUUUCGUCAUGUAAUAUGUUCUUUAUCUUUCUCUUCCUAGAGAGAAAUGCUGAAAGGAUUCUCGGGAGACAAGAAACUGCUUGGAUCUGCGGAGAAGUUUCUUCUCGCUUUGGUUACCAUUCCUGGGUAGGUGGGGUGAUUUCAGUCGUGGAUCAAUCCCAUCCAUCCCUUAAAUCUUUGAAAUGUUAACAUUGUCAAACAGUUUGUAAGAACUGCACUUAUAGUACUAGGAGAGAAUCAGAUGACGGCUUUUUAAGGUGUAAUAACAGGAGUUAACGCGCUUAUGGAGACCGUGUGGACGUUACUACAAUCUUGAACAACCCACCUUUCUCCUAAGAUCAACUUGAACCGCAAGAAUACCAAAACCCGACGUUUUCCCUUCCUUGAUUUGGAGAGGGCGGGGAAGGGUCGUCUAAUUUUCCAUUUAUUUAUCUAUGAUUGUAGGCUAAGACCAGUUCCAGGUUUGUUAGGUUCAAGUUUAAAAUUCACCUCUUUAAAACUUCCAAGGUCCAUUCUCGGAUUUUUCAGUUUGUUUUCGUGAUCCUGUACAAUUAUGAUAGGUGUUACACAUUUAUUAUUAUUUUAUUGCCAACAGAUAUAGCCUUCGUCUUGAAGCCAUGUUACAGAAGGAAGAGUUUCAGAUCACAUUAGACACCAUCGAACCAAGUAUCGAAGCAUUAAAAGGAGCAAUGGAAGGUGGGGAGAUGUUUUUGUCCCAUAAGUCGUAGUGCCAUCCUGAGGAAAACUUACUGACUUGCUAACAAAGGAAAUUAAACUUUUAAUACGGUGGGCUGCAUGUAGGAAAAUUUAUUCACAAACUUGAAGCAGACAGCUCCCUUUUCUCUAAACUCAGAACGGUAGCAUGGCUAAGCAGUUAGAGCGUUGGGGAAAUUAUCUUGAGGGCCUCAGUACAAUUCCGGUCUUGACCGCGAGCGGGAUAUUUGUUUAUAGUUGUAGUCCCUAGUUCAAAGGAGUCUGGACAACUCUCCUGGUUCAGUUGCCUUAGGCAAGUUGGGAUUCUUACCAUUGAAGUUAUNACACCAUCGAACCAAGUAUCGAAGCAUUAAAAGGAGCAAUGGAAGGUGGGGAGAUGUUUUUGUCCCAUAAGUCGUAGUGCCAUCCUGAGGAAAACUUACUGACUUGCUAACAAAGGAAAUUAAACUUUUAAUACGGUGGGCUGCAUGUAAGAAAAUUUAUUCACAAACUUGAAGCAGACAGCUCCCUUUUCUCUAAACUCAGAACGGUAGCAUGGCUAAGCAGUUAGAGCGUUGGGGAAAUUAUCUUGAGGGCCUCAGUACAAUUCCGGUCUUGACCGCGAGCGGGAUAUUUGUUUAUAGUUGUAGUCCCUAGUUCAAAGGAGUCUGGACAACUCUCCUGGUUCAGUUGCCUUAGGCAAGUUGGGAUUCUUACCAUUGAAGUUAUGUUUCAUUUGAUUUAUUUAUCGUAAUCAUUUGUUCGGCGUCAGUAGUCUUUUCCCUUAAGUAUCGCCGUAGGUGGAAAAGGUAUAUUUAUUUCUUUAUUUAAUUUAAUUUAUCCUGUCUAAAAGACCAGAACAGGAACCCAUCCAUCUCUUAAGUAUAGUCAUUCACAUGUGUGAGACCUUGAGCGAUUCACACAUAUACCUCUUGUUGACAAAAAAUUCACAACGGAAGAGAACAAGAGAGAAAUGACAAAUAUGCUCUCGAUGGCAAAUCACUGCUAAGCAUAAUAAGCGUUGUCGAUAGGGUUGUUGAAGAUUGAUGCGGCAUUUAGCUGGAGAAUACUUGAGAAUUUAACCAUGAGUUAUACAAUGCUAUUCUCAACUCCUUUUCCAUAUUCUUCAGACGUUCUUCAAAGUGAAAUUCUUCCUGAAGUUCUUCAGUUGAUCCUCAUCAUCGGAAAUUUCUUGAAUUGUGUAAGUAUCCAGCUGCUUUUAACUUGUCAUUCUGUACACCACUCUGCACACCAUAAGCCACGUGAAUACCAAUGCUUUCUUAUCUUUGACACAGGGUGGGUAUGCAGGAAACGCUGUCGCUUUCAAAAUCAACUCACUUUUAAAGAUUGUUGACACCAGAGCCAACAAACCUCGAAUGAACCUGAUGCACUUCUUAGUUCACGUAAGUAACAAUUAACUAUGAAGGGCAUUCAAACAAGGGCUUUCAAAAUCGUUUGACCAAAGAAAACAAAGCCUGUAUGGAUUUGGAUUCAAGUUAGCCUGCGUAGCAAGCGUUUCUGUGCGGUUUAGGAGCAAAGAAUGAGGAACAAGAAUCAAAGACCGCGCGAAAAAUGACGCAAGUAAAAGAGCGGGGAGGGGGUCAUUUUUCGGUUCUCGUUUCAUUUCUGGCGCGGUCAAAACCGAAAGUCCUCUUUUGCUCCGAAACCAAACGGAAACGCUUGCUACGCAGGCUAGAUUCCAGUGAAAGAGAGAAACGUUAUUAAAAUGUCUUUGCACCUAAAAAUUAGAAGUAAUAAGACAAAGUGUGGGCAUUUGAGUUUUAACAGUUAUUACUUUUUUUGGCCUAUGGUAAUGGAAAGGUUUUCGGCUUUGUAGGUAGCUGAAGAGAAACGUGAAAAGGUGUUGAAGUUUCCAGAUGAUAUGAAACACCUCGACAAAGCCGUCAAGUAAGUAUCAGUACAAGAAGGUCUGAUUGUCAUAUUAUGGUAAAGGGGUAAUAAGGUAAUGAAAGUUUGAAGAGAAAAGUCGAUUGCAGGAAAAUAGCGAACCGCCACUAAGUUUGGUUACAGCCUUAUGUGUCUUCUAGCGCUGUGAGUAUCAUGGUGAUGGGUAAUGCUUGGGCCAGCUCGCAAUCGUGCCAUGUCUGUAUCAUAUGUUGAACUACGCAACUGAACCAGGAAGUCGUAAGACUGAUUUGUAUGUUAGUCAGAACUAACUGAAGAACUGCUUAAUUACUUAACAAAUUAAAUGGCAAUAUGAUAUAACACGAUUCGUUGGUGACAAGAGUAAAUACUGAGUCCUUGCCUUACCAAUAUCCUCCCUGAGUAUGCGAUCCUUUUUGACAGCGCCUACAGGUCACAAAUGCGGAUUCUGAACUUAAUACCAGCCUUUUUAACAUGUCAUGUUGAUGUUGCUUUCUUAUUCCUAUUUACUAGGCUGUCAGUGGACAAUAUCACCGAAGAAGUCAAGACCCUGAAGGGGAAACUUAAAGAACUCGAAAAAGGGUUGAAAAAAGGGCCAAAGGACAUCUCUUCGCAGUUUUCUGAAUUUGUUCAGGUAUCGUGAUUAUUUUUCAUCUUUUGGAUCGCAUCAACUGUUUCUCUGUAGGUAGAGGCAUUCUAACUUGUACCUUUAUUAUUGUUAAGGCACAGGGAAGUGAAACAUAACUAAAUGUAAUCUGUUGCUGUUUCCUCUAGACCGCUGUAAAAAAGACUAAAGAACUUGACGACGGAAUCAAGGAAAUUCAUGAGCUAACCAAGCAACUGGCGCAGUAUUUCUGCGAGGAUGAGGGCAAGUUAAAACUACAGGAAUUGUUAUCUUUAUUCAAGACCUUUUCUGAUCAACUUGUCACAGCUAAAAAGGUAAGCUGCAUGAAAUAUAAUUAUUAAGUUGCUUGAGUUACAGUGUUUGACUACAAAACCUGAGCGGGGAUUUUGGGGGCUUUAGUCUCGGUAACUCGGUACAGACAUUAUUCGAAUUUUUUGGGAGAAUGAACUAAAUACAAUAAAUAUUUGCUCAUAUUGUUUUUAAUAACAAAAUGAUCGGACUGAACAGUAGACUGGGGCGGGGACAGUUUGGGAGGAGGUGCCUCCCUUUCCCACCGCUAUACGCCCGCCCACCCCCACGCCCCCUUCCCCCUCGUUGUACUGAUUUGAAACCAAUUACAAAAUGGCCGCCAGUGACGGUGAGUGCUGUCGAUCUCUACGAUUUUACGGAAAAAGAGGGGACUGUGAACAGUCCAACUGAACAGGGUACGGUUUGUAUUGGGAUGGACAAAAUGUGAAACAAUCAAUUCCUGAUGGCUUCUUUUAACCCUUUCAGUGCCAAAUGUGGCCAAAGGUAAGUUUCGACCAAAUUUCCAAAUUUCAUUUUCCAAAAUUGUGAGAAACAAAUAGCAUUAUGUGAAAGUACAGGCAGAGAGCUUUCAUUUGAAUGGUCACAUCAUAGGAUUUCGUCUACAGACUCAAAAGUUAGAGUCACCUUACAAAACUCCAUCAAACACCCUGGCAGUGAAAGGGUUAAAUACAGGGUAAACUCUCCUAACGGACACUCUCGAAGCGGACAGCUCUACUUACGACCACCUUCACAAAACCCCAUUUUACUCAACUCCGAAACAAACUCAGUAUUCUCACAUUCUCGUAAGCGGCCAGCUCCAGUUACAGACACCUUUUUCGCGACCCGAGGGUAUCCGCCGUCCCGGGGGUGUCUGCUUAUGACAGCUUUCACUGCGACAUUGCGUUCUAAAGAGUGUUUAAUUCGAAAUGAUCGAGAUUAUUAAUUUUCCCUUUUAAAAUGUAUUUACCAUUGUUGAUAGUAUUAAUUACGCUCGAAUCGAUUUCUUUCUUUUCAUGAUGUAAAUGAUUCUAAACCGUGUCUUCGGUCAAAUUAAUGAUUCCGUUUUUUAUUUGUUUGGUAGGAAAACGAACAAUUUCGCAUCCAAGAAGAAAGACGGAAAGCACGGGAGAAAAAACGGCAAGAGGAGGCCGAGCGAAACGCGAAGGCUGGCGGAAGCGUAAAGAAAGGAAAACCACGCCCCCUGGACGAAGAACAGGAAGGAUGCAUUGUUGAUCGGCUUCUGAGUGAUAUUCGGAAGGGGUUCCCCCUGCGGAAGAGCUCAAGGAACACCCCUAGCGGGAUCAAAUCUGCUUCUCCCAGACCGAAGCGUAGUACCGAGGAAGUACGAGGUAAUGCUAAGAAAGACGACCAGUUCCGAAGAAUCUCGAGUCCAGCAAAGCUUCGCGCUAAUUUAAACUCGGCCGGAGAUGGGAACGAGAUUGUGUUAAAGAGAAAUCUUGACGGACCUUCUCUUCCUAUUGUGUAGAUUGUUAGUACAUUAAACUGGUCUGUUCCUUUCUAAUGAUUUAAAAAAGGACAUCUUUUGCAAUGCUGUCAGCUGAAGGCAGGUGCAUGCUCACAUUGUGAUCGUCUCUUACGUGCAAAUCCUAUGCGUGGUGAUAAUCAUUAAUGUUACAUGAAGAAGAAAACUUCAAAGCGCGUUCUAAUUUGCAAUGCUAAAGUGAACGAUUAAAAUUGAGCAAACAAUGACAUACAACCUGACGGUCACUGCAAAAGUUGUUCUCUUGUAUACUGACCGGGUAGAUGUCUGUCUUAAGGAAAGGUGAACGUCUAAUAUUUGUAUUACAGAAAAAUGUAGAACAGAAUUUGAGGCGGGAUUUUUUAAGACGCUUUAGUAUACAUGAGCCCACUUGCAAAAGAAAACUGAAAAAAAAAAAAAAAGUUCUAAUCGAUCAGAAAUUACUGAUCAUAUACUUUCAGGGCUUGGUAGAAUUUCCUUUCAGUUUUCACUCCAAAAGAUAUUGGCCACAUCAUGUUGCUUUAAAUUCACACAAAUAACGGGAAAUAAUUAUUAUAAUAGUUUUAUAUCUGAUUCAGUUCUAAGCGUGUUUGUAUACCUCUGGCAAUAUUUGUCCGAGCCGCUAAGUCUGCCUGGGAGUGCGGCAUUUGUCAUCUUUUCAACAUUGGAGAUUUUAAGUGUUUUUCCGUAAAGUAAAAUGGCUUUUGAACAGCUGAAUGAUUCAAUAUUAUGUCGAAUGUAUCUUUACUUCUCAACCAUGCCUCUUUACCAACACUUGAAGAGAGAACACACCAUACAAGCUUCCGUCGGCAAAACGCAUUCCAGAGUGUACGCAAGUAGCUCUUUUGAGUAGUCUGUUUUGAAAGGAAGACCUUGGAAAGCUUAACAAUUGAAUUGGAAGGGCUAUAAAUUGCGUAGAUUUUCAGUUUGGAAAUGAAGUGCUGCUGUUGAUAAGAGGACGCCGGCCACACCCCGUUUGUACUGGGUGCCAGAAACUUUUCUUGCUCGUUUUCCGGAUACAACCCGUCUAGUAGUGGGUCAAAAAACUUUCAGACAUUCUCGCCUUGCACGGCUUAACGGUUUUUUUUAUAACUCUUGGUUUGUCCCGGGGAAGGAUCGUUUGCCCUUUUUAAAAACCUUUCGUGGCGUGUUUUUCUUUUCCUGUCUUAUACAAAUCUUCUGACUGGAGGUAAUGGGCAAGCUUAGAAUUGACUGAAUCGUAAAUAUUUCGAAAAGAAAUUGACAAGGUAAUAUUUACCUGAAAUAAAACAUUUCGUGCCGUUUUUAUUACAUAAUGAAUUUCAAGUCACAAUCGACUUUAAAAGAAUCAAAUAUUUUCAGCUUAUAUUACACCCUUCCAUUUAACGAAGCUAAAAGGGUGGAUGAUAUAAUUGUCUCGUGUAUUUUUAACGUGAGUAAACUAAUGAAAGCAAAUUCCUUAUUUGGUUGCAGUAGGCUGCCUUUGUCUCGGCUCUUUGAGGGAAGUUAUGUAUUGUAUGUUUAUUUUCUUACAUGAAUAUAUUUUUGUAAGUCUGUAUGUUACUAACAUAUGGAGGUAAAUAUUUUGUCCUUACCUCAUAUUUUUCAAAAAAUAAAAUUUAAGGCAGCGUUUAGUUUGAGAAUACCUGCUUUAUAGCGUUUUAUAUCGUUGUUGGGACGAUGAUCUUUGGCGAACGUGUCUAAUGUUCAGACUGUUCCGGAGUUCACGAAGGAAAAUUCUGGACUUAUGUCUGAGUAUUCUUCUUAUUCUUUCUUGAAAAUAAUAUUUUGUUGUGGGUUCGUUAUAACUUAUUAUAACGCAAGGAAUUAAUGAACUAUUUAUAGAAACCUUAUUUAAGGUAUAAAUUUCUCAGUUUUGUGCCAAAAACCUCCCAUUGACCUUUUGGCCGGUAAAGGAAAAAAUCAUUGCGGUUAAAUAGAAAAAUUUGGCCAAAAAACGUGAUGUAUGGAAUGGUUGAUGGUCAAGCAUACUUGAAAGGUCACUUAAUGUAUCGCCAUGCAGGAAGAGUUAUGGUGACUGUUCACAUUUUGCUAAUCCUUAACACUUUUUAAUCGUGUUUUGUUCAAAUCAUUUACCUCUUUCAGUUCCUUAUAAUAAGUAAUAAAUGCAAUUCUAGGUUCCACAAUUUCAUUCAUUAUAUUAACAUCACGUUUUCACUUGCUUGAGUUAAUGUUGUCAGUUCCUUUGUUUCCUUGUAAGUACUAAAACAAGAGCUUAUUAUGCUAAGAUAUUUUGUUGAAAGGUUUGAAUUGAUAACGUUUCAAAUUCAUCCUUUUAAUUGACGUUGUAUUUACUCGCAGCUUAUAUAUUUGUUUUUAUUGUAAAGGCACUACGCAAAUAACACAUUCAAUUAUAUUCACAUUUGAUGAUUCGCCAAGCGUGAGCUAUUAGCGUCCAGAUUUGAUUGUGAGGGGACAUGUCUGAAAUAACACAUUUGCCUUCUCCGCAAUAAACUAUCAUGCAUCUUUUAAUUAAAGAAGUUGAAUAAUUUCGUAAAAAUGUCACAUGAUGAUACUAGGACUUUAUGUCAUGGUUCAAAUAUGGAAGGUUUAUGUUUUGCAUUGAAAUGCAUGAUCGAUUAAGCGUGGUGUUUGUUUACGAAGAUCAAUCUUCUCUGUGUCUCCCUGCCGGUUUUAAAGCUCAAUAUCCAUACUUUUAAUAACGCCAGACGACUUGGAGAAUGUUGAAAACGAGAAACACUAGGGGUAAACCCUUGGUUGUUUUUCAACUUGGAAACGAGGCUUUAUACACGUGAUCAGUUUCAAAGGUACACGUGAGAGUUUCGUGAUGAGCAUCUUAAGGGGUGGUUCUGCUUAUGUUUGCUGAAGCAUUUCCUGACAUUUAAAAACUUGAGGGAUCUUUCAUCGAAGUGAACGUGAGGUUUAAAAUCCGGUAAAGCUUUUGUAAAUUCGCACGAUGGCUGACAGAGUUUAUGUUUUGUCUUUCAGAUCAAAGUGUGUUUAUCCUUCCAGAGGUCGGUGAGAACGCGGUAUCAGGUCCCACAAAUUUAGCCGAUGUGUUCAUAGAAGAAAAAGAGAAGAACGAAAGACAACUUGUUGAUAAGGCAGACAAUAGUGAAGCAUCUCUUAAUGCUGCGAAAUAUCACGUUGACAACCUUCCCGUGGAACGCACUGGACGUAUAACGCGUGAUCCAAGCCAAUCGACGACGGAUCGUAAGAAAGCAGAUGUACUUUCUAUCAUACCGGAAGCUAACUCUGAGAAAGACAAUUUAGCGAAUCAUGUAAGGGAUGAUAAGUAUUAUAACGAGGCAGGGAACGUGCGGAAAUCUUCAAAAGACUUUCAAAUUUGCGAAAAACGGACUCCUCCCGAUUUUGAUGAGGGAAACGUGGUGAAUAAAAAUGGUGAACUAGUGUUUUUGAAUGGAGUAGAUGAUCACGAAGACCUUCGUUUUACGGGAAGAAAUCUAACGGAAGAUGUUAAGGAAAAACCUGAGCUUGUAACAGUUAAAGAGGGUUACAAUAUUUCAUCGCCGAAACAAAAAGUUAUGCUUGUUAAUGAAAGUCGCGAAAAAUCUGUGGGGUCUCAUGAAAAUUACAUUACAGAACAACAAGGAACAGCUAGUGACAAAACGAACGAGGAGAGAGGUUCAGAUAAAUUUGCAUCAGAAACAACAGUGAAAGAAAACGUAUGCGCAAGAACUGUUGAUUGCGCUUCUUCUGCGAGGUCUGUUAAUUCAAGUAACAAAUCACAAACUCCGUUAGAAAUGGGAGAUGUUUCUUUGGCUUUUGAUCGAUCUGAGACCAGAAAAGAAGACUUAAAUUCUUUACGAGUCAGUUCAAGUGAAACUGGACCUGAAGAGAGCACUAAAAUUGCGCCAAAAAGAACGCAAAAAUUCGAAGGAUACCCAGAAAACCCAAAUAAUGUGAAUGAUCUUGGAAACGUCGGCAAAACUGACAGUUCGAACCAAUCAGAAAAGAGUAAAGCAUUACGUGAUAUCGGACCAACUGAAAAUGUCAGGAAAAGCGAUAAAAAUUCGCAUGUCGCGCAAGACAGCCCCUGGAUCACUCACCAACUUCAUCCAGAUGCAGAGAAACAAAUUGAAGAAAAAGGAAAUUAUGAGCGAAAGAACAAACGCAAAAGAAGUGCGCCGGAAAAUGAAAAACCAGAGCAAAUUGUACCACGACUAAUUAUUGACCAAAGUAACGUUUCCGAGCGAAACGAAAAUGAAAAACUUGAAAGAGACGAGGACGAGGAGGAUAAACCACGGAAACGCAGAGCCAGCGAGCCUGGACCUCAUUUUGAACCGCUGAGUCCGUUGAUGGAAGCAGGAAAUUCAAACAACGAUUUCUUGAAUACAACUGGUGCACAAUCUGGUAAGGUUAAACGGAACAAAUCAUUUGUCUCGCGUGGUUUGUCUAAAAUGUUCGGUGGAAAACGCAAGUAUAAGGCGGAGAAAGACAGUCUGGCGGGUCCUGUUGACUUUGACAAGAUCAGUACACAUGAAGAAUCUGAUUUCAAAGUUAAUCGUCGAGAAAAAAAGAAGAAGAAGAAAGAUAAAGGUGACCAAAAGAACUUCAACGAAGGAUUAUCUCCCGAGAAUAUAGACAAAAGUCCAUCUCGAAAAUUUGGCGGACUGUUUUCACGCGGAAAAAAGAAAGAAAAAAGUUUCACUGGGCCUUAG